UGUAGACCUGUCAUGGCGGCGCGCAUCAUUCGGUAACAUUUUGCCAGUUCAUUUCAGUUUACGUUCGUUCCUAGGUUUGAGGAUUACUUCGUUAGUUUGUUUUUGGUUUCACCACGAUCCACAACGAUUCUAUAGUGUGGGGGACAGAAAAUCUCUUUCAACGGUCAACCGAGAUUUGAAUUUCAAAAGUCUCCUGUUCUGUUCAGCCUCGUCACUGUCUACUCCUUAACAUAUUGGUCUGAGAUUUAAAUUGUGACUUCUACUUCUAAGUGUUCAACUGUCCAGCGAUCUCUCGGUGAUGUCUAAAUGCUGCUUAUGCAACAGCAGCGGCCGCUGUAUGAACUGUCGCUGUGCCAAGUUGGGCCAAUUCUGUAGAAAUUGCAAUCCACUCAACCACAACCGCUGCCAAAACUGGGAAGCAAGAGGGAAAUAUCAACUACAACGUCCUAAAACUGCUGGUACCACUUCUAGCAAGAUAUCCCCGACGAAGCCGUGCAUGUCAAGUGAUGAUCAUCAGGCGCCUACAAUCAUGGACUCGCCAGUGAAUCAGCAUUCAGGUCAUGAUAAGCCACUGUCUUACGCUUCGGUUGUUGCUCGGUCUAGUUCUCCAGGAGGUAAAGCACUCUCUUCAUCCAGUCUAGAAUCUAGUGUCCUUACUGCUGCAACAAGAAUGCUUUAUUCCGAUGCCGUCCAGCUGCACCCACCUUGUUCUUCGUUGUCGCAAAGGCAACUGCCUUGUUCUAAGUUAUCGCAAAAGCAGACACUUGAACAGUCCAGGGUCCAUCCUAAAUUGCAACAGCAGACAAGUUCACCAGUCGCUCACAUUGUCGAUAUGAUAUCUAACACCCAGGAAGAUGAAGACAUUCAUGACUUAAAUCAAACAGCUUCUCCUUCCCUAGAGUUACAUGAACGCCUUCCUUACAGAGUGAUGGCAUCACCAAAUUUCAGUUGGGGUUCACUGAAUGGUGUUGAAGUGAUGAGUCAAAUAGAACAGGCUUACCAAGAAGUUGUUCAUUGGAGAAGGAAUUUAUUUCAAGUACCAUACGGUUCUACUGGUAAAAUGUUCGCCUCCGAACUUGCCAGAUUGUUUCAUGCGUAUGCAAGUGCAUCUGCUCUUGAGUGUGUCUCAUUGACUGCUGCUAUGGUGAUGCCCCAUCUUCUGCUACAGAAGCCACACAAGCGGUCCAGAGGUCCUGAUCAUGUCUCUUGUCUGACCCGUCGCUUAGAAGCCUGGAAGGCGGGUGAUAUCAAGGCUCUGUUGUAUGAAGCCAAGACGAUCCAACAACAUUUAACUUAUAGUAGGUCUUCUAACAAGGCAACCAAAAUCGACGAUCUUCCUCACGUUUUCGCUGGUCAUUUGAAGAAAGGAAAUGUGAAUGCUGCUAUGCGUUUACUGUCUGAUGAAGGUGCUAAUGGUCUUUUACACCUGGAUGACUACCUGACAAAUUCAAGUCAAAAAACCGUGAGAGAUGUACUCAAAGAAAAACAUCCAAAUGCUUCUUCCCUCGAUCCUGACUAUGUUGUGAAUUCUAAAGAGAACGCUUCUCCAGUCCAUCCUGUCUUGUUUGAUUCUCUUGAUGGACAACUGAUCAGGAAUACAGCAAUGCGAUGUUCUGGUGCAGCUGGUCCUUCUGGCCUUGACUCGACUCAAUGGAAACGCCUGUGUACGGGAUUUCACACUUCCUCCAAAGAUCUCUGUAAUGCUCUAGCUGCUGUUGCUCGUCGAAUUUCAACAGAGAUAGUAGAUCCUGACGGUAUCUCAGCUCUAGUGGCUUGUCGUCUUGUACCUCUGAACAAAAAUCCUGGGGUGAGACCAAUUGGUGUGUGUGAGACAGUUAGAAGAAUUAUUGGAAAGGCGGUUCUUUCUGUGGUCAAGUCUGACGUGCUCUCGGCAACCGGAACCUUGCAGCUUUGUGCAGGACAGAUUGCUGGGUGUGAGGCUGCAAUACAUGCCAUGCAGUCAUUGUUUGAAGAUGACAAUACGGAAGCCAUACUACUUGUAGAUGCAACAAAUGCCUUUAAUAGCUUGAACCGUCAAUUGGCUCUAAAGAACAUCUCAAGCACUUGUCCAGCAAUUCAUACCGUAUUGCUCAACACAUAUCAACAGCCUUCACCCCUAUUCGUUGGUGGGGAAGUCUUGUUGUCGCGUGAGGGAACCACACAGGGAGAUCCUCUCGCGAUGGCAAUGUACGCCUUGGCCACAGUACCUCUGCUGAAAAAAGUACAAACAGAAGGCAGCACCCAAGUCUGGUAUGCCGAUGAUGCUGCAGCCGGAGGAAAGAUACAAGCAGUCAAACAAUGGUGGGAGAAACUCUCCAUACAUGGAGAAAAAUUUGGAUACUUUCCAAAUGCCAAGAAAUCCUGGUUGAUCGUCAAACCGAAUUGCCUUGAAGAAGCCAAACGUGUGUUCUCAAAAACGGCUGUGAACAUCACCUCUGAAGGUCGAAAGUAUUUAGGAGCUGCACUGGGAACUGAAAACUUCUGUAACGGCUAUCUCAGUGAUGCAAUCUUAGACUGGACACGUCAGAUUGACAAAUUGGCUUCCAUUGCCCAAAGUCAGCCACAAGCAGCUCAUUCCGCAUUAAGUCACGGUCUUCUGGGCAGGUGGAUUUUUACUGCGAGAACAAAUCAGAAUUUCAAAACUUUUGCUGGGCUUUUAGAAUCAUCAAUACAAUCUCAACUGAUUCCUGCUAUAACUGGUCGUUCGGCCCCUGGAGAACUGGAAAGAAAACUCUUCUCCUUACCAGCCAGACUUGGUGGUCUGGGAAUCACAGAUCCAACUUCAUUGUCUUCUGAAUACUUAAACUCUCGAAAGAUGACUGCACCGCUUGUUGACUUCAUUUUGAAUCAGGAGAUCACUCUAGGAGAUGCCCCAGAUCAACAGGAUUCUCUCAAAAAGCAAAUUCGCAAGCACAAAGGGCUAGAAAUCAAAACUCUUGCUGAUAAUGUUCGAGAUAACCUCUCACACCAACAUAAAAGAAUGUUUGAGUUAGCAAAUGAAAAGGGGGCAUCAAACUGGCUCACAGUGCUGCCAUUGGAGGAUCACGGCUUCUCAUUACAUAAGUCUGCAUUCAGAGAUGCUCUAUGCCUCAGAUAUGGAUGGGUCCCCCCUCAUAUGAGUGAAUCUUGCCCUUGCGGUGGAAAAAUGUCAGUGGAGCAUGCUAUGUCCUGCCCCACGGGAGGCUUUCCAACUAUACGCCAUAAUGAAAUCCGAGAUAUGUUUUCUCAUCUGUUGUCUGAUGUCUGUCAUGAUGUGGAAACGGAGCCCACGUUGCAAUCACUAAGUGGAGAGACGUUCUCUUUACGUUCAAGCAGUCGAGAUGAUGAUGCAAGAUUAGACAUUUCGGCAAGAGGUUUUUGGGGAGGAAGAUUUGAGAAGACAUAUUUUGAUGUCCGGGUGUUUAACCCCAAUGCCACCUCGUACACAUGUUUUGAAGUUGCAUCAUGCUAUAGAAGACAGGAACAAGAGAAGAAAAGGAAAUAUGAAGAAAGACUGAGAAAAGUAGAAAAUGCUUCCUUUACACCUAUUAUCCUUUCUUGCACUGGUGGCAUGAGCAAGCUUACAACGUCAUUUACCAAAAAGCUGGCCUCAAUGAUAUCUGAGAAAAAGGACACUCCAUACGGUAGCGUGAUCAACUGGCUAAGAUGUCGACUCGGGUUCGCACUCCUAAGAGCUUCCAUAAUGUGCAUCAGGGGCAGCAGGUGCAAACGCUACGUCAGGCCGGAAAACAAUAUUCUCCUGGCUACGUCUGAGGGGCACCUGGCCUCCUCAGCUUAGUGACUUUACUGUACAUGACAUAGUAGUAGUAAAAGUUGUACUAUUGUAUAUGACAGUAAUUGUUUAGUAGUAGUAAUAGUUUAUUGCCAUUCGCUGUAGGUUGCCGUUUGUGUAUACGUAGUCUGCUAUUGUUUCAAAUACACCAUAUCUUCUCAG